AUGGGCUUUGAUGUUACCAUCACUCAAAGGGAUAUUUCCAUGAUGAUUUAUGUAGCAAAUGAAGGAAGAUGUUUUGUGAACACCAAAAAGAGUAGUAAACAUGCUCAUCUGAUCAAAUUAAGCUUGUUUACCAACUCUCAAGACUUUGGUAAUGUGAAAAAUAUGCACAAUGUAUAUAGACUUCUAUUCAGAAUCCUCAUCGGUUGCUUGAUCCCUAGAGAAGGAAGUUCUAAUCAUAUCUCUUGGGAUCACGAGCAUUUCAUCUGGUUCUUAGUGAAUAAUGAAAGACUAAACCUGGAUUCUUACAUCUUUAACUAUAUUUGUGAUGUUAUCAAAGAAAUUCAAAAGCAUCAUAAGAAAAAGGUUCCUUAUGCCAGACUCUUAUCUAAACUGUUCCAUCAGAGCAGACUGAUUGAUGCUCUGAAGAGAAUUUAUGCCACUCAGGAUCUGGAAGAAACAUGUGGUAACAUUCUAUUUGGUGUUGUUAUUGUUAAUUUGAAUAUUAUCAAGAAUAAGGAUGUGGUGAAGUUUGAAGCAAGUGUUUGUAUCAAAAGUGGCAAGAUUGCUUACAUUAAGGAUUUUCCUUUGAUUUCCAAGAUGGACAACCUUGAAGUGAUUCAGAAGUUUAUCAUAAUGAUAAGAGAAGAUAUCGGCAUCAUUAUUACUAUGGAUAACAUUCCAUAUGCUCCUGCAAAUGCUUACAAGCCUUCAAGAAAGAGGAAACAGUCUACUUCUGAAGAUCAGAAGGAGACUCAGAAUCCACAUAAGAAAAAGGCUUCAACAUAUAAGGAGGUAAAGGCAUUGGUCUCUUCUACUAUCUUGAUGCCUUCCAAGACCAUAAGUGAAGCCAUUGGGAAGACUCCUCAUAAGAUAACUUUUUCUUCUGACAAACCAGCUCCUUCAAAGAAACUGAGGAAGAUGAUUCUUCCUAUAGAAGAAGAAGAGGAAGAAGAGAUAAUUCACCUUUGGUAA